AAGGGCACAUGGAAAGGGGGACUGCGGUGAGUAGGGGCGCCGCAGGGAAGGAGAGGGGAGCGAAGCGGGGCAGGUGGGUGGAGGAGGGUGCAGAAGCUGUGCCAGCCUCGGGAGGAACCCCAGAAGUGCCCUCAAGCGAACCCCAGGCCAGGUUUCCCUAGAAAUCUCUCCCAGCUGGAACCUUGAAAGAUGGCAAAGCAAAUGUGGGGCAGGAGCUGUCACACCUGUAUCUGUCCAGUUUCCCCCCCCAAAGAAAGAAAGGUGUGUCUCAAGUACAGCUGGUUAGCAAAUUCCUGUUGUUCCACAGUUGAGCUUUUGAUGAGAAUUUCUGCAGACAUAGACUUUAGAAUUUAACUUUCACCUGUUGUUGCUGAUUUCCACCAAAUCCAAUUUAUAAAAUUUCUACCAACAUUUGGCCUAUUGUAACUACCCUUUUUAAUGUAUUGUUGCAGAAUGAUUGAUUAAAUAUUUUGAGUAUUCCUUUGAAUUUGAACAAUACUUUUGGGAGUGCUUAGAAUUCAUAAUGUCUGAAUAGAAUGGGUCAUCGUUGUCUCUUGAGAUCUUGAGGAAUGUGCCUGAAGGGGGUUGUGUGGAGGAGGAAGCUGAUGCUGACUGGCAAGUGCUAUGGCAUUAAAGUUCUGUGGGCAUCCCUUAACCUUUUUUGAAGGCACACCCAGAUUUCAUCAGAUGGGGGGGCUUGGAGUCUGGGUAGCAUUCGGUGGGUUAGGAGCAUUUGUGGGAGAGAGGACCAGCUGUGAGAAGGUAGGAGUUGUGAAAAGUUUGUGUUUAUCUGUGGUUGGAAGUCAAGUAAUGCAUAUAACUUAUUUGGGGAUGUUCCUCGAGUGGCGGUGUAAUGAGUGUGCUGCACUGCACUCUGAAGACAGCCUUGAGCCAGUGGUCCUAAAUUAAGCAUGACAGUGACAGAUCUGUGUUCAGAAAGCAUGGACCGGAGUAGGGAGGAGACAAGAGGCCGUCCUUCAGCUGUCCAGUAGCAAGGGAAAAUUUCAAAAAUGUUUCAAAUUCCUGUGGAAAAUCUUGACAACAUCAGAAAGGUACGAAAAAAGGUGAAAGGCAUUCUUGUGGAUAUUGGGCUUGACAGCUGCAAAGAGUUACUGAAGGACCUUAAAGCUUUUGAUCCAGGAGAGAAGUACUUCUGUAAUACAACAUGGGGAGAUGUUUCUCUUUGGGAACCAUCUGGGAAGAAAGUGAGAUACCGAACAAAGCCAUACUGUUGUGGCCUCUGUAAAUAUUCUACAAAAGUUCUUACUUCAUUCAAAAAUCAUUUACAUCGUUACCAUGAAGAUGAGAUUGACCAGGAGCUGGUGAUCCCUUGCCCAAACUGUGUGUUUGCAUCUCAACCUAAAGUUGUGGGGAGGCACUUCAGAAUGUUCCAUGCCCCCAUUCGAAAAGUUCAGAACUACACAGUGAAUAUUUUGGGUGAAACUAAAUCACCUAGGAGUGAUGUGAUAAGUUUUACAUGUUUAAAAUGUAACUUUUCAAACACUUUGUACUACAGCAUGAAGAAGCAUGUGCUGGUGGCCCAUUUUCACUACCUGAUUCACACCUACUUUGGGCUGCGAACAGAGGAAGGUGCGCAGCCGAAAACUAAUGAUGUUCCUUCUGCGGAGAAGAUCCCACCAUCUGACAAAUACUACUGUAAAAAGUGCAGUGCCAAUGCCAGCAGCCAGGAUGCAUUGAUGUAUCACAUUUUGACAUCAGAUAUACACAGGGAUUUGGAAAAUAAGCUUAGAUCUGUGAUUUCAGAACAUAUUAAGAGGACUGGACUUCUGAAGCAGAUGCACAUUGCUCCCAAGCCAGCAGCACAUGUGGCGGCGCCCCCCAGCAGCAGUGUGCCCGGCGUUGCAGCCCCACCUUCACGCUUCCGCCUGGCCUUGCCGCAGAGCAGUCCCAGCCCAGCUGCAGCGCAGCCCGUGACUGUGGCCCCAAGUGCUCCCGGGAGCCUCACUCAGUCCCCUCCAGCCUCUGCUCAGUCCCGUGUGACUCUGGUGUCCAGCCCUCUGCCUGUGGGCCAGAGCACCCUCAGCCUACCAUCCUCCACACCACAACCUGUCUUUCUCUCUCAUGGGGUUCCUCUCCCUCAGUCUGUAAACCCUCCUGUGCUGCCGUUGACUCAGCCUGUGGGACCCAUAAACAAGCCUGUCGGGACUGGUGUCCUCCCCAUAAGCCCAACUGUCCGCCCUGGGGUCUUACCCCUCACGCAGCCUGGGGGCCCUGUGAGGCCUGGCAUCCUUCCUGUUAAUCCCUCUGUCACCCCUGGCGUUCUUCAGGCCGUCUCACCAGGGGUGAUUUCUGUGAGCCGGGCAGUCCCAGCAGGAGUCAUUCCUGCAGGCCGGAUGACCCCUGCCGGGGUUAUUCCUGGACAGACAGCAACCUCUGGGGUUCUUCCUCCUGGUCAGAUGGUCCAGUCAGGAGUGCUCCCUGUUGGCCAGACAGCCCCAUCACGGGUUCUCCCUGCUGGCCAGGUGGUCCCGUCUGGGCUACUUUCUCCCAACCAGGCAGUCUCCUCAGGAGUUGUCCCUGUAAGCCAGGGUGUGAAUUCUGGUGUUCUUCAGCUCAAUCAGCCUGUCAUGCCAGGUGUCUUCCCUGUGGGCCAGCCCAUGAGGCCUGGGGUUUUGCAGCUCAGUCAGACUGUCAGCACCAACAUUCUGCCCGUGAGUCAGCCAUUUAGACCUGGCUCAUCACAGAACACCACUUUCCUCACUUCAGGCUCUAUUCUCAGACAGCUCAUCCCUACAGGGAAGCAAGUGAAUGGGAUUCCAACCUAUACACUGGCCCCAGUGUCGGUCACCCUGCCAGUGCCCCCUGGAGGGGUUGCAACAGUGGCCCCGCCACAGGUGCCUAUCCAGCUUUUGCCGCCAGGUGCAGCUGCCCCAGUGGCCAGUUCCCUGCCUGGUGUGCCCUCGCCACCUGUGCUGGUGAGUGCCUCCCAGAGCGUGUUCAUUCAGGCCCCUUCCCCUGUGGCAGAUGCCAGCCAGGCACUCAGGCAGGCCAAGCAGUGGAAGACUUGCCCUGUCUGCAAUGAGCUGUUCCCUUCCAAUGUCUACCAGGUGCACAUGGAGGUGGCUCACAAGCACAGUGAGUGCAGGUCUGGUGACAAGCUUGAGCCUGAGAAACUAGCUGCAUGUGCGCCAUUCCUCAAGUGGAUGAGAGAGAAGACAGUGCGCUGUCUUUCCUGCAAAUGCCUGGUCUCUGAGGAGGAGCUCAUACACCACCUGCUAAUGCAUGGUCUGGGCUGCUUGUUCUGUCCACGCACGUUCCAUGACAUCCGAGGUCUUUCAGAGCAUAGCCGGACUAUGCACCUUGGGAAGAAGAAGUUACCUGUGGAUUAUAGUAACAAAGGUUUCCAGCUAGAUAUUGAUGCUAAUGGCAACCUGCUAUUUCCCCACCUGGACUUCAUUACUGUCUUGCCAAAGGAAGAACUUGGGGAGCGGGAAGUCUACCUGGCAAUCCUUGCAGGGAUACACUCCAAGUCCCUCGUGCCUGUGUAUGUGAAGGUGCGGCCUCCAGCUGAGGGCACGUCCAGGAGCCCCAGCAAGCAGGUGUCAACCUGCCCUUUUUGCUUCGGCACCUUCAUGGCACCAGAGGCGUAUGAGCUGCAUCUGAAAGAGAGGCACCAUAUCAUGCCUACGGUGCACACAGUGCUCAAGGCCCCUGCCUUCAAGUGCAUUCACUGCUGCGGGGUUUACACCGGCAACAUGACGCUGGCCGCCAUAGCCGUCCACCUGCUGCGCUGCAGGAGUGCCCCCAAGGACAGUGGCUCAGACCUGCAAGGACAGCCUGACCCUGUAGAAAAUAGCGAGUCGCUCCUGGUGAAUGGUGAGGUGGUCCCUGACACUGCCUCUUCUGUGAAGAGGAAGCUGCCUGACGGCCACUCAGGGGCUGAAGCCCAAAGGGUUGGGGAGGAUGCACCUCUUGUCAUGAGUGUGGAUGCAGCCCCAGGUCCAGAAAAAGGGGCCAGUGUUGUGCCUUUUAAAAGACAAAGGAAUGAAACCAGGACAGAGGGUCUGGUUGCUAGUGAUGAUGCUCUUCAGAUUUUAGCAUUAGAUCCUAAGAAGUACGAAGACCGUUCUUAUGAAGAAAAAAAGCAGUUUCUUAAAGAUUAUUUCCAUAAGAGACCAUAUCCUAGUAAAAAGGAAAUAGAACUGUUAUCUUCACUUUUAUGGGUGUGGAAAAUUGAUGUGGCUUCAUUUUUUGGAAAAAGAAGGUAUAUUUGCAUGAAAGCAAUAAAAAAUCAUAAGCCUUCUGUACUUUUAGGCUUUGACAUGUCUGAACUCAAAAAUGUUAAACACAGAUUGAACUUUAAAUAUGAACCACAGAACCUGUAAAAAAAAAUAGUGAAUCUAAAGUACUAGGUAAUAGUUUUUUCACUGUGUUGAAUUAAUUCCAUUGUUCUUUAUGCUGCUCUUUAGAUUUAUUUCAGGUGCUCAGAAAGGCUUCUAUGUAAAGAAGCAAAUAGUUCGUUCAGAUUUAUUAUAACAAUUUUCUUUUUUUCCCUCUUUGUCAUGUAAAUUGAAUCUUUUGAUAUUUCAUGCACGCCUUGUUUUCCCAGCUUUGUUAGUAUUGUGUGAAAAAAAAACCCGAAAUGUACAAAUAUUCUUUCAUUUAAGGAAAUUUCAACCGGUUUCAGAAUACUUGAUAGCUGUGAGCUGGAGUGUUGAUCCCCCUCAGCUUUGUGUGUGGAGCUGUGAGCACUGGCCUGCAGAGCGGGCGGCUCUUGGAGGGCACACUGCAAAACCGUGCUGCUCUUUGUAAGCUAUUUGCUUAUUAGAUUACAAUUUUGAUCUACAUUUUUUCAGUUUGUCCUAACAGCUGUUUGUGUGUGUUUUUUAAUUUUUUAUCAUAAUUCAUAGAAAACCAAGUGUUUUUAUUUGUUAAAAAUAUACUGAAUCUGAGGUCUGGUAUGUCACUCAUAAACCAAGAGUUAUUUUUACAAAUGUAGAUGCAGAGAUCAGUUUUCAUUGUAGACUUUUCCCCCUUUUUUGAUACACUGAUAAGUCAUUUCUCUAUUCAAAAGUAAGAAAGUAAAUCUCUAGUGCCUUUAGAAGAAACAUUGAAAAGACACACCCAAAAAUGCUUCUAAACUAACUGCUGAUAAACUAGUGAAAGGGAAGGACUAUGAUACUCAGGAAUAAAGUUACUGCCCCUGAGUGUGGAUCCUCAAACUUCAACAUAGGUUUUCAGGGGACAGGGUGAAAUGUGUGGUAUGGGGUUUGCAUCUCUGAGGUUGGCGACUGAGUCCUUGAUAGCAUGUCCUAGAGGCAGUGAGUGUUUCCUGGGGAUACUGGCUUUUCUCUAGCCUCGCUGUCUGGGUGAAUGGGACAGUGUGCUGCUAAAGAAUCUCUGUUGUGUCCUUUGGAUGUUAAAUCUCAUUUUUUCCCACACACUAUAAAAUAACUUAGAACACCAGAACCAGUAAGGGAGACUAGUUUAGACCAUAAGUCAUAUUGCUGGUGAUACAUAACAGAGGAACCUGUCUAACAUAUCUUUAGAUAGAAAUAUUUGGAGGACGUGACAGCCUCCAAGAAAUAUGUUACUAUAUGAAUUUUUACAAAUAUACUUGCAUGUAAUUGCUAUAAUGUGCAUUUUUGAGCAAUUGUGAAACUGAUCUGUGAUUGUUGGUGUUUUCUGUUGUAAAUUGAAAAAGAGAGCUUGUUGAACUUUAUUAUUUUUUUUUAACGUAUUGUUUUCAGAGUGUCUAUUUUGAAUUAAAAUUUGUUACA